AUGAUUCACGUCAUUUUCCAAGUCCUGAUGUUUGGUGCAUGCUGUAAAGCUUAUGUCAACUUAGCACUGAACAGACCUGCUUGGCAGGAGAGUGACUACUCACCAGACUGGGGAGCAGACAAGGCAGUGGACGGACGCUAUUCUGAUCGCUCAGCGGGAGGGAACCAAUGUACAAUAUCAGCUAACGGAAAAAGCACGGCAACACUGAGAGUGGAUCUACAGAGUGUGGUCAGCAUAAGUCACAUCAACAUAUUCUACAGGACAGAUAAUGCACCUAGCCCUGGUACUUACUCUAUGCGUUUUGCGGGAUUUUUCCUCUACGUUUCAAACACAACGUCAAAAGACGACGGCUAUCUAUGUUUUCAUCAAAUACAGGAUAAAGACGGUACACCAACAGAGAACCAGACAAUAAGCUGUCCUGUUCAUGGACGUUAUGUUAUAUACUACAACGAGCGUGGGAACCCGGACGUUACAUACCCAAGUUAUUACUCUCAAUAUGCGUUCAAUGAAUUAUGUGAACUUGAAGCAUAUGGAUGCCAUAAUCCUAAGUUCUACGGGGAGACUUGUGCUCAACCAUGCCCCGAGAAAUGUCAGGAGCAGAACUGUGAUAUAAGUGGCCACUGCCUGGGUUGUAUUCCAGGAUACCAAGACCCUCGUUGCAGUCAGAAAUGCAGUAAACAAAAGUUUGGACUGGGUUGUUCUGUAUUGUGUGGUAAUUGUAGCAAUGGAGAAACGUGUCACCAUGUCAAUGGAACCUGUCUUAGUGGAUGUAAUGAGGGGGCGGAAGGAGAUAAAUGUCAGGCGGCAUGUAUACCGGGCUUCUAUGACAGGGACUGUAGAUAUACAUGCAGUGAUAACUGUGGUGUACCCAACAGAUGUGACAAGUUUACUGGCGAGUGUGACAGAGGUUGUCAACGAGGAUGGAAGGGAGGACAAUGUGAUCAAAAAUGUGACGGUGGAAUGUACGGUGCCAACUGCAACCAGAACUGCGGUCACUGUUUGGAUGACGAACACUGCGAUCAUAUUAACGGCACAUGCGAAGCAGGAUGUUCCCCUGGAUACGAUGGAUCUCUCUGUGAUGACAACUUGCAGGAGACUGGUUUCACGAACAUUUAUGAAAAUACACGUUUAGACGAUACUUCACAAUCUGAAGAAAACACAAUGUCCAGGAAUAGGAGGAGAAAUGAUACACAAGACGACAUUAAUAUUGAUGAGGAUUGA